GCAUCUAUAGGAUCUGCAACUAACUCUGAGAUAUCUCUUGUAUACAAUUUAUUACCCUUGAUUUUUUCUGAAAAACGUCAUCAUCCAAAAAUAUAGAACUACGUAAGAGCAAAGUAGUGAAAUUAAGUGAAACAUUAUUAAUCUCUCGAAGCUUUUUUAGCUGCAAUAGUAAGAGAAUAAGAGUAAAGUUACAAUGGAUAAAACUAAAACCGAUUCUAAUUUUGAAUUACCACCUCUUCGGCGUUUGGAUGACUUUUUAUUGGAAUAUGCUCGUUUUCAAAUACCAAAUUUUAAAGAUCUCGAUAAAUGGGGCAACAGAGUAGUAAAUAAUUUGCUUUAUUAUCAAACAAAUUACUUUUCCAUGUUUGUGAUUAUUUUUCUCAUUGUAGGAUUAAUUCAUCCUGUAAAAAUGUUUGUCGGUAUGAUAGCAAUGACAGUAAUCUUGGGAGGAUUCGCUUAUGUUUCUACCGAAGGAAGAUUAAUACAUCAAUUUAAGCAACAGUAUCCAGGUGUAGGCAUAAUUGCUUUAAUAUUGGCAGCAUGCUUUGCAACUUAUACAUUAGGAUCUCUCCUAGUUUUUCUACUUGGCAUUCUAUUACCAUUCACAGUUAUAUUUGUACAUGCUUCUCUGAGAUUAAGAAACAUUAAAAACAAACUUGCUAAUAAAAUUGAAGGUAUUGGCUUGGCAAGGACACCAAUGGGCAUUUUUUUGGAACAUCUUGGUAUGCAGGAUGAAAUUUUUGCAUAAUUUCACCAUUUUUUUUUUUUUAAAUAAAAUAAUUUCUUUUUUUAAACGAUAAUAAGUUAACACAUUUUAUGAUAACAAUUUUGCAAUAGUAUUAAUAUAUUCAUUUUAUAUUAGCAUAUACUGUGAUGAAUCUUCUCUCUACAAAUUGAUUUAUCAUUUUGUAAUGUCUAUGAUUAUCAUUAUGCAUGAAAAAAUUAGACAUAUUUGUAAUAUACUUAUUCAUUUUUCUCUAAUGUACUUUAAUUUUUCUUCAUAUCUUUCAUUUCAUCUAUUUAUACGCAAGACAUAAGAAGGAAAAAUUAGAAUUC